UUUUUUAAUAUGCUAUCUCGGCUGUCUGCCUCAGAACAAAUUGCACAAUGUACGGAUUAGGCAUAUCUGCAUACUUCUCCCAAGGCUCACCUUAUCUUUCUCCUCGACGUUUCGUACUUCCUUGACUUCUUCCGUUUGCACUAAUAUCUACUUUGUAGUGUGCCGUAAAUGUCAUCACGUGACUCUCCCGCACUAAGAUAAGCAGAAAAAAGAUAAAAAAGAAGCGAAAAAAAACCGAACAAAGUCGAACAAAACGCUGAAAUUGAACAAGACGACGACGUCGGGCCGAAAGCAGACUCAUAUGCAGCUUGCUCAUUAGCGGGGAGACAUCUAUUCAACAGAUAAAUACAGUACUAUCACUUCCAGUCUUGCUAAACCUGGGUUGCGGUUAAACUCAGCGCACACAAAACACGCACGCACACAACAGGAACCAACGAGCACACAAUGGCGCAAGACAACCGCGGGCGCCUACCACCGAAUCUCCAGGAUGAGUCUGAUGUCGAGGAGGAGGCUCUCGUCAAUGACUACCGGGAGCAGGUACAUUUUGACGAUGGCAUGAGUGAACUGGACCGAACGACCUCCCUAGGCGCAACAUCACAAACACAAGACUUGCAGGCCCAGCUAGCUGCUGCUGCCACCCCACUGGAAUACCAGGCUACGCUGGAGACGAAGUUUGCAAGCUACGAUAACUACUGUAGCUUGUUCCAUUAUAUCCUGAACUCGGAUGGCCCUGUCGAGUUGGAAGUUCCAUCGUACUUCUGGGCCUGGGACGUCAUUGAUGAAUUCAUCUACCAAUUCGAAUCCUUCUGCAGAUACCGAAACCGAGUAGCUCGCACUGGAUCAAACGAAGAGGAAGCACAGCUACUGCGCGAGAACCCAAACACAUGGGGCUGCUACUCGGUCCUCAACGUGCUCUACUCUCUCAUCCAACGAUCUCAGAUCAACGAGCAGCUUGCAGCUAUAAAACGAAAUGAGGACCCCAUGGCCGUUGCCGGAGAGUAUGGAUCUCGUCCUCUGUACCGGAUGUUAGGAUACUUCUCCAUUAUCGGUCUCCUCCGAGUACACUGUCUGCUUGGAGACUUCAGUCUCGCCCUUAAGACACUGGAUGACAUUGAAAUGAACAAGAAGGCCAUGUUUGCCCGUGUCAUGGCCGCCCACUUCACCACAUAUUACUAUGUCGGUUUCUCCUAUAUGAUGAUGCGCCGCUAUGCGGACGCCAUUCGAAUGUUCAGCCAUAUUCUCGUCUACGUCUCGCGGACGAAGAACUUCCAAAAAGGUCGUGAUGGCUACGAUGCCAUCGCCAAGAAGAACGACCAGAUGUACGCUCUCAUUGCCAUCUGCGUUGCCUUCCACCCCACUCGUCUCGACGACACCAUCCACUCAGCCAUCCGCGAGAAGUACGGAGACCAAUUCAACCGUCUCCAGCGCGGCCGUCCCGAUGCUCUCCCCAUUUUUGAGGAGUUGUUCCGCUCUGCCUGCCCCAAGUUCAUCAGCCCUACUCCUCCAGACUUCGACAACCCAUCACUUAACGUUGACCCCGUCGAUCACCAGACCGCCAUCUUCAUGGAUGAAGUCAAGAACACCUUGUUCAACCCUACCGUUAAGUCUUACUUGAAACUCUACACGACCAUGGACUUGAAGAAGCUCGCUGGUUUCCUGGAAGUUGACGCUGAGCAACUUCGUGCCUGGCUAUUGAUUAACAAGCAGCGAAGCAGACAGAUCCGAUGGGUAGAUGGUGGAUUGUUGGAAGGAGAAGCUGUCAAUGCCGGAGAUCUUGACUAUGCCAUUGAGGGCAACCUGAUUCACAUUAGCGAGGUCAAGGCCGGACGAAGACUUGUUGACUGGUAUCUACGCAACCUUGCCAGAACCUAUUAAGUCGAACCUCUACCUAUUUCUUUUUUUCUUCUCACUUUGCGUUGCUGGGUAGAACGGGGAAAGAAAACCAGACGAGAGCAUUAUCUAUGCAUUUACGCUUUAACGCCUGCUUUUAUGUGUUCCGUGCCUGGGGGGUUGGGCUGGCUUGGAACGAAAUUAAUGUCUAGCUUAGACCAACGUCCUGUUUAGGCUUUUUUACGACGAGAAAAAGAGAAAGGUUUUGCUGUGACCUGUUUACUAUAUCUUUCUAUGUUUCCUUGGACACGCAAUGGACCGGCCAGUCUUGUAGGCGUUUCGCUUUUCUCUGUUUCUUUUUGAUACUGGAAUAUUACUACUUUACUGAUACAUUAAUUGCUGGAUUCAGUACGCAUG